GAGUUGGCUAACUCCUUACUGUGAAAGGUUUACUUAAAAUGGAUAAGACCAGAAUCCGCACUGUUGAAGUUAACGGAAAUUCCAAAACCUUACUAGAUGCCUGUACAAUCACAGACAGCACAGGCUCCAUCAAAGUGACUAUUUGGGGUGAUAUGGUCAACACGCUAACRGCUGGCCGGUGUUACAAGUUAAGUGGCGUGAGAGUGAAAGAAUACAGCGCAAAAAWUUUUCUGACGACUACGCCAAACACCGUCUACGAAGAAAUCGAUGAAGAGUUUCCGGAGCCAGAGAUUGAUCUUCUGGACACACUAAGGUCUAUCGCAGUGCAAGAGGUACUGAUGAUUAACAACUUCUCAUCUUGGUAUAUCUGCAAAAAUUGCAAAAAGCAGUUAACUCAGGUAUCUACAAUACAAGCGGUGAAAUGCAUGUUGUGCAAGGCUGUCGUGCAAGUGUGCGGAUUGCUAUUGCAGAUGAUGAAGAUAAUCCACUCUGGUUAACCGUUUUCAAUGAUGAGCUUCAGAUCAUAAUCCAGAAUCAAGAUCCACAGCUUAAUGCGUCAUCAUCAGAGGAUGACGUUACAAGUGCACUUUUGAGUUCAUCUGGUAUGACCAUCCAGUAUGACAUAGAAACUAACAUUGUAAAAGCUGUCACAUUUUAAGACUUUUUCCUGUACUCAAGUCUUGGUUGCGUUUACUUGUCUAUAUAUGGCAAGCCGAUUGUAGCUAUAUUCAAAUGAGCAAUUAUAUUCAACCUUCAACCCUUCGUUGAAUGAAUGGGUUGAAGGUUGAAUAAAGAGGUUGAAGGUUGAAUGAAUGGGAUGAAGUUGAAUAAAGGGGUUGAAGGUUGAAUAAAGGGGUUGAAGGUUGAGGUAGGUUGAAUGUUGAAUGAAUGGGUUGAAGGUUUAAGAAGGGGUUGAAGGCUUAAUGAAUGGGUUGAAGGCUGAAUGAAUGGGUUGAAGGUUGCAUGAAUAAAGAGUUUGAAGGUUGAAUGAAGGGGUUGGAGGUUGAAUAAAGGGUUUGAAUGUUGAAUGUAAAUCUGUAGGGUUUAAUAUUAAAUCAAAAUGCUGAAUUGAAUAUUGCUACAAUUGGUUUGCCAUGAACUUGUGAUUUUAGUAUAAGCUGAUAUUUAGAUAACAUAGAAUUAUACCAUUCCCUUAGAAAGAUUGAUUGUUGGCCAUUAUAUUAUAAAUUAUGUCUAAAACAGGAGAUUGAAGACCUCAUGCCCAUAUCCUGUGUCAUGGGUUUCUGUUUUGUUUGUUGUUGUUUUUUUUUUGUGAAGGUUAGCAAAUCAAAUUGUAAGUGACUCCAGUUAUAGCUAGAGGUUUAUUAUGGAUUGUUGUAGGUAAGAUCACCACAGAUCUUAUGGCUUUGAAGUACUUGUCCAUUUAAAAUUAAUGUGAAUCAAUGAAUAGUUCUUUGUCUACUUA